AGUUAGCAAUAGAUAUUUGGUUCUUCAAAUAAGUUUAUUAAUAUAAUCAAAGACUUUCGUAACAUAAAAUAGUCCAUAUUGUUACAAGGUUGAGUUGACAAGGAUAAAAUCGUCAAUGAAAAUGAUAGUCUUGAAUAGCAUCAUUCUUAGUUAGCGAACUUGGUUGAAGUAUAGGAAAAAAACACUGAGUAGUGUUUUUUGAUUUAUUUGUUUAUUUUUUUUAAAAAAAAAUGGAUGCAGUUCUUCAAGCAUAUGACACGGUCAAAGUCUACAGAUUCCAAGAAUGAAAGAAAAGAUGAAUCAGAAAACGUCAAGCAUAGGCACGGUCAAAAUCUUCAGAUUCAAAGAAUGAAAGAAAAAGUAAAUAAAGACUCUAAGCAUAGGCACGGUCAAGGUCUUCAGAUUCAAAGAAUGAAAGAAAAAGUAAAUAAAGACUCUAAGCAUAGGCACGGUCAAGGUCUUCAGAUUCGAAUAAUGAAAGAAAAAGUGAAUAAAAAGACUCUAAGCAUAGGCACGGUCAAAGUCUUCAGAUUCGAAUAAUGAAAGAAAAAGUGAAUAAAAAGACUCUAAGCAUAGGCACGGUCAAAGUCUUCAGAUUCGAAUAAUGAAAGAAAAAGUGAAUAAAAAGACUCUGAGCAUGGGCACGGUCAAAGUCUUCAGAUUCCAAGAAUGAAAGAAAAAGUGAAUAAAAAGACUCUGAGCAUGAGCACGGUCAAAGUCUUCAGAUUC